CGUUGAAUCUGAAAAAGAAAACUCUGAUGAUGAUUUUGAGAUAAGAAAAGAUGUACCAGAAUUUGUAGAAUUUGAUAUGGAAGGUGAAGAACAUGUUAACAUUCCUAAGCGAAAAUUGGAAGAUAAGUUUUUGACCUCUUUGUGUGAAGGUAAUUAUAUUCGAAUGAGUAGGAGGGUUAGAGAAGAGCAGGCCAACAAUGAGGGUUUAAAGGUAGAUGAAAAAGAUGAGACUGAAAUCCCUAUGAGUUUAGAAUCAAACCAGGUGUGAGGUAUCCUGCCCAUGAUCCAUCCCAACCUUGGAACCAAAUGAAACCAGUUCUUGGAAUGAGGUUUGAAUCACCAGAACACUUGAAGUUUUCACUGGUUAAUUAUGCCGUGGCUAAUGGUUAUCAGUUAUGGUACUACAGAAAUGAUAAAUCAUCAUUGCUUGUGAAGUGUGAUAGAAAUGUAGAGGAAGGAAGGUGUUCAAGCAAAAAGGGAAAUAAGGAUAAGAUAAUUGGAAGAAAAGCAAGGAACUUGAAGUUAGCAAAAGAAAACAGUCAAGAACAAGAUCAAAAACAGGGAACAUCUAACAAGCAAGAACAAGGUGAAUGUAGCAAAAACAAUCAGGAACAAGAUCAAAAACAGGCAGCAUCUAGCAAACAAUCAGGAACAAGAAGAACUAAAAACAUGGCUAGAAGGCUGCCAACAAAAACAUGCCCAUUUAGACUUUGGGCUUCAUGGAUGCAGGAUGAAAAAUCCUUUCAGAUCAAAACACUGAUUGAUGAGCAUAGUUGUUUAAGAAAGUUUGACCUAGGAUCUUUGGUCACAAGUAAAUGGAUUGCAUUUCAUUAUCAAAAAGAGGAUACUUGAGGACAGAAAACUGAGUUAUAAAAAGAUGAAGUAGGACAUUAAAGAGAGGUUCUUGAUAGAUGUGUCUCAUGGUCAGUGUAAAAAAGCAAAACUGUGGGCACUUCAUGAUUAUGGAGGUGGUUUGAAAGAGCAUUAUGCAAAGUUAUGGGACUACAGAGAAGAGAUUCUGAAAUCAAACCCAGGUUCAACAGUGGCAUUGGAUGUGGAUUCAAAUGGAAGCACAUACUUCAACAGAAUGUAUAUCUGCUUCAAAGGUAUUUCAUAUACUGAAUUACAUAUUGGCAGGUGUGAAGGAUGGAUGGUUGACUGGAUGUAGGAAGGUAAUAGGGAUAGAUGGAUGCUUUUUGAAGUCCACAAUAAAAGGUGUAUUACUGACUGAUGUGGGAAUGGAUGCAAAUAAUCAAAUGUUUCCCAUUGCAUGGGCAGUGGCUGGUGCUGAAAAUAAGGAUACUUGGAACUGGUUUCUGUCCUUGUUGCAUGAUGAUCUAGUGUUGAAUCAAGGAACAAGGUUGACAAUCAUUUCAGAUGGACAUAAGGGAUUGUUGGAAGCAGUUGGUACAUGGCUUCCUAACGCAGAGCACAGGCAAUGUGUGAGACACAUAUAUGCCAAUUUCAAGAAAAGGUGGAAUGGACUAGUCUACAGGAACUUGUUUUGGGGUGCAACAUAUGCUACAAUUCCAGAGGACUUUAACAACAAAAUGGAAGAAAUAAAGAACUUGGACCAGAUGGCUUAUGACUACUUAAUUGAAAAGAACCCCAACACUUGGUGCAAAGCAUUCUUUCAGAUGGACAGAUCUUGUGCAGCCUUUGAAAAUGGUAUUUGUGAAAGUUUUAAUUCAAAGUUAGUUGAUCCUAGACAUAAACCAAUAAUCACCAUGUUUGAAGAGAUUAGGGUGUAUGUAAUGACUAGGUUAGUUAGUAUGAGCAAGUUAGAUAUUAAAUUAGAUGAUUCCAUUUGUCCAUCAAUUAGGAAGCACUUAGAACUAAUGAAAAAGCUAUCUGCUAGGAAUUGGAGGGUUUUGCAUAGUGGAUACCAGGAAUAUGAGGUGUACAAAAUAGAUGAUUCUCUAGGAGUUAACCUGCAAACAAAAAAAUGUGAUUGCAGACUCUGGGAGAUUAGUGGUGUACCUUGUGUACAUGUUGUUUCAGCAUAUAUGUUCAUCAAAAUGGACCCAGCUGAGGGGGUUAGUCCAUGGUUUGAAAAGGCUAGAUGGCAGGAUGCUUAUGCAUACUCAAUUAGGACAGUUAGGGGUUCAACACACUAG